CAAAGUGCAUGUUAUACUGUGUGUUUAUGAUCGGGGAUCGGCCCCUGCGGUACGGAGUACACAUCACGAUCUCCCUUAUGCUAAACAGCCGAGUAUGGGUCAGUCAGCCAGAUACCACGGAGCCGAGGCCCGUAAGCGCUCCGUUUAGAUUAUCCCGUAUGCUCUCUAGUUAUCUACCACUGCUUUGUGCAUAUACUGUGCGGCGCAUGAUGAUCUCGGACUAGGGUGGGUUUCCCUUGCGCUAUCGGAGCCUACCUCGAUGAUCGUUAUGAUAAGAGUACACACAUGCACACGGUUGUCCUCUUCGCUCACACAUUCAUUACCUUGACGGAGUGUUGUUUCCUGGGUUGGAUUGGGCUGAGAAACCCUCUACGUGUGAUAGGAAAGUUAGUGAUAGUCACAUCAACAUUGUCUAUUAGAUAGGAUAACUUGGAAAUAGUGCAGCCUGCAGCUUGUUUGCACUCGGUAUUCCGAUGACCCAUCCAGUGCGGACGGUGCAUAUGUCAUGCGGUCUCGAAGCAAGAGGCAGAAUACUAAGUCUUGAAGUUGGUGGAGAGAAAGAGUGGGCUUAUGACGAUCAUACACAUAUCCUUUCCCCCAGUUGAAAAAUGUAAGUAAGUUACAUUGUAGUACAGAAGGGGCCUUUUUGGGGAAAAGGAAGCCAACUAACAAGGUAUCAUUGCCAAUACAUCAAGAAUUAAUAAUGAGCCAGGUGGUUGUCGCUGGCCUACAGCAUCCAGACCCGGCAGAGACUAAGCCCAGUUGCCAGGCGCUAUGCAGGAUGAGGGAUAGGAGCAGGGCAGGCCCGCCCGCCAGCUGCCCAAUGUAGGAUCGCAGCCGAUCCCGCAUGCCGAUGGAGGGGCGAAUCGUUGGGCCGGACCAAACCUGGGACGACACUGGGAGUUGGGAACGGUAUCCUACGGUUAGUUCGUUCGGGGGUUUUGAUUAUUUAGACAGAAAUCAAUAAAUGCGGUCACUGGCUGGGAGACCCACUAAAACUAGGAACUGGAGAAAAGCGGGAGUCCUUGGAUUCGGCUCGCCCGCCGCAUCGAGACCUACUCUCCGGAGAAGUCAUUUAGAUCUUUACUGUGUUCCUCCUUAAUUUAGGCAUGGAAAGGCAUUAAUUCUUUGAAGAAUACAAUCACGAGAUGCAUAGUAUCAAAAUAGUAGGUAAACGUCAUCAUAAACAGGAGUAAAUUGACGUUUACUUCUGGAUGCAGCUGGCUUUGAAUGGGUCGUAAAUUGGUGCUGGUCACAGACUAGGGCAAAAUAUCGCGCGGGUGGAUCGGCCCCAAUUUCUUGAUGAUGAUGAUGAUGAUGAUGAUGCUACUGCUGCUGCGACACACACUUGCUCUAUACCUGGCCACUAG